UUUGUACAUAUAUUAUGUCUGUUUUAUUUUUUUCUGAAUUUUCUUGUCCAUGAUUUGGAUUAUCCAUAUCUUUACAAACAUCCUUAUAAAAACGCAAACUGGCUGUGGGUUCACUCGGUUUCCUCUUGUGGGGUUCUUCGAUCUGGGGCUUUUGGAUAUCUCUGUGGGUUUUCAGCAACUGGGUCUCUUUUCUCUCUGGUUAACAAUUUGAAAUACAGACCCUUUCACUGUUUGUAGAGAUAUUGAUGUUUGAAGUAAUAAAGCAGUGAUAGAGGUUACUUGGGAUUGAUGGCUCGGUUGAUUUUGCCUUGCAAAGGUUCGGGUUUGCCGAAGACAUGCAUUUUGGGUUUGAUCUCCUCUGCUCAUUUUCCAGCCACUUGUGGUGUUAGUUCUAUUGGGCAUACAGCUAAAAGUAUCUCCAGAUAUAGGCAUUGCCUUAGCUUGGAGGUUGCACAUCGGAAAAAUUUUUGUUUUCAUCAUCCUUCAUCACAAAGGGUCAAGCAAUUCAGCCAGAGGCUAAUUUGUUCAGUUGCAGCAGAACCCUUACCGAAGCAAGUUGAAGAACAGAAAAUGGAGAUGCCCAAAGAAAUUUUUCUAAAAGAUUACAAGUUGCCUGACUACUAUUUUGAUACGGUGGACUUAAAAUUUUCGCUAGGCGAGGAGAAAACAAUUGUCUGUUCCAAAAUUUGUGUCUACCCUAGGGUUGAAGGUUGCACUUCUCCUCUAGUCUUGGAUGGGCAAGAUCUGAAGCUAGUUUCAAUUCAGGUCAAUGGCAAGGAACCAAAGGAGGGAGAUUUCCACUUGGAUUCACGCCAUCUGACUCUCUCAUCACUGCCAAGUGGUACAUUUACAUUGCAAAUUGUAACCGAGAUAUAUCCACAGAAGAACACAUCAUUAGAGGGGUUAUACAAAUCAUCUGGGAAUUUCUGCACACAAUGUGAAGCAGAGGGUUUCCGGAGAAUUACAUUCUAUCAGGAUCGUCCUGAUAUAAUGGCAAAAUACACUUGCCAUAUUGAAGCUGAUAAGUCACUAUAUCCUGUGUUGUUGUCUAAUGGAAAUCUCAUAGAGCAAGGAGAACUUGAGGGUGGCAGGCACUAUGCUCUUUGGGAGGAUCCCUUCAAGAAACCUUGCUAUCUCUUUGCGUUAGUUGCUGGACAGUUGAAGAGCAGAGAUGACGCCUUUACCACUCGUUCUGGUCGUAAAGUAUCUCUUAGGAUCUGGACUCCGGAACAUGAUCUACCCAAGACUGCACAUGCCAUGUAUUCCCUCAAGGCAGCAAUGAAAUGGGAUGAAGAUGUUUUUGGUCUCGAGUAUGACCUGGAUCUCUUCAAUAUUGUAGCCGUCCCUGAUUUUAACAUGGGAGCCAUGGAAAAUAAGAGCUUGAAUUUAUUCAAUUCCAAGCUUGUCUUGGCUUCUCCAGAAACUGCUACAGAUUCAGAUUAUGCUGCAAUUUUAGGAGUUAUUGGUCAUGAGUAUUUUCACAACUGGACGGGCAACAGAGUGACAUGCCGAGACUGGUUUCAGCUUAGCCUUAAAGAAGGUCUAACUGUUUUCCGUGAUCAGGAAUUUUCAUCCGACAUGGGGAGCCGUACAGUAAAGCGAAUUGCCGAUGUGUCAAAGCUUCGGAGUUAUCAGUUUCCACAGGAUGCCGGACCCAUGGCUCAUCCUGUACGGCCACAUUCUUAUAUUAAGAUGGACAACUUCUAUACAGGCAAGAUCCUGUCUUGUGGAGCUGAAGUUGUGAGAAUGUACAAAACCCUAUUAGGGAGCCAAGGGUUCAGAAAAGGCAUGGAUCUAUAUUUCAAGCGGCAUGAUGAGCAAGCUGUAACUUGUGAAGAUUUCUUUGCUGCCAUGCGAGAUGCUAAUGAUGCAGAUUUUGCUAAUUUCCUUUUGUGGUACUCCCAAGCUGGAACUCCUCGUGUGAAGGUCACUUCAUCCUACAAUGCCGGGGCUCAUACUUAUUCCUUAAAGUUUAGGCAAGAGGUGCCACCAACCCCAGGACAGCCAGUGAAGGAUCCCAUGUUCAUUCCUGUAUCAAUAGGUCUACUGGACUCAAGCGGCAAGGACAUGCCUCUUUCCUCUGUGUAUCAUGGUGGGAAGUUGGAGUCCUUUGCACAUGGUGGUCGGCCUAUCUACAGUACUAUUCUUAGACUAACGAAGGAGGAGGAAGAAUUUAUAUUCUCUGAUAUAGCCGAGCGGCCAGUUCCAUCUAUCUUACGGGGCUACAGUGCUCCUGUCAGACUUGACUCAGAUCUUACUGAAAAUGAUCUAUCUUUCCUUCUUGCUCAUGAUUCAGAUGAGUUCAAUCGUUGGGAGGCUGGACAGGUAUUGGCGAGGAAGCUGAUGCUCAGCCUGGUUGCUGAUUUCCAACAGAAUAAGUCACUGACAAUUUAUCCACAAUUUGUGCAAGGGAUUAAAAGCAUACUUUGUGACUCAAGCUUAGACAAGGAAUUCAUUUCAAAGGCAAUAACUCUGCCUGGUGAAGGAGAGAUCAUGGAUAUGAUGGAAAUUGCAGAUCCAGAUGCUGUUCAUGCAGUGAGAACUUUCAUCAGAAAGCAGCUUGCUUCUGAACUGAAAGAAGAGUUUCUCAGCACGGUGAAAAACAACAGGAGCUCUGAACCGUAUGAGUUCAACCAUUCAAAUAUGGCGAGGCGGGCACUUAAGAACAUUGCACUUGGAUAUCUUGCGUCACUUGAAGAUCCGGAUCUGACUGAGCUUGCAUUGCAUGAAUAUAGAACUGCCACAAAUAUGACUGAACAAUUUGCAGCUCUUGCUGCCAUAGCCCAAAAGCCUGGAAAAAUACGUGAUGAUACUCUGGCUGACUUCUAUAGCAAGUGGCAGCACGACUUCUUGGUUGUGAACAAAUGGUUUGCUCUUCAAGCUAUAUCCGACAUUCCUGGGAAUGUGGAGAACGUCAAGAACCUCCUAAACCAUCCUGCAUUUGAUCUGCGCAAUCCAAACAAGGUAUAUUCACUCAUUGGCGGUUUCUGUGGCUCUCCCGUGAACUUCCAUGCCAAAGAUGGCUCGGGCUACAAAUUCUUGGGCGAGCUCGUGUUGCAGCUGGACAAACUGAACCCCCAGGUGGCUUCCCGGAUGGUGUCAGCCUUUUCUAGAUGGAGGCGGUAUGAUGAAACCCGGCAAAGCCUCGCCAAGGCUCAGCUGGAGAUGAUUGUGUCCAGCAAUGGACUUUCAGAGAACGUGUUUGAGAUUGCUUCUAAAAGUUUGGCUAUUUAGAAGGGUAAUUUGCCUGUUCAUGACAAGGAUCUGCAUGAUUUUGUGUCUUGAGCUUUGGAACUGGUUUUCCAUGUAGAAAUAUAACUUGGAUCUUCACAUCCCCCAGUGGAUUUGAAUAAAUAGGGUUUGUUCUUAGAUCACAAGAUUGAAGCAAAGUGGUUUUGGAUCUAUGGUGAGUUUGCAUUCAACUUCA